CAACGAAAAAAUGCUGAUGCUUACCACCUCUCUCAUCAUGAGCCAUCCAUCUUGAAUUAUAGUCUAUCGUCUAAUGCAGGCUUCUAUUUGGAUGCUCAGCUUACUACUAAUAAUUAAUCCUAUCAAGAUCUUGAUUACUAACUGAUUCGAUAGUGUUCCUUCAUCUCACCCUAAAGACGACCUCAACUUUAUUCUUAUCUUUCAACUGUAUACAUAGGAUCUAGUCUACCUAUCUACCAUUAAUCCCGUAUCCAAUUGUGUCACUAUCAACAUCCUCAACCAGAGUUUAAUGGAACCAUCAAAUAAUGCCCAAGCGCGGGCUCCGCCGAAGCCAAGCAAGAUGAACUACGCCUGUGAGGCGUGUCGGAUCUCCAAGGUUAAGUGCCAAUCUAGCCCGCAACCAGGGAUAUGCAAGCGCUGCUCCGAGUUCAAGCGGGAAUGCGUGUUUCGAACCGGACCAAGGACUCGGCGACCCAAAUUCUCAACGCGGCCAGACGCAGAGGCGCUUCCCCCUCCGCCUGGUCCCAGCAAGACCUUCAGCAUCGACUUCACCAUGCCGGCGGAUGAUGACCUGCGCGAUAACUUCGACGAUCUAAGAGAGAAGCACGAGCGCUUCAUCGAUGACCUCGUGCCGUCUAGUGACGAUGACGAGUUAGAAGAUGAUUCGACGGCAAUGUCACCGUCGGCCGGACAGACCUUCAGCUUCAAUGACAUGUCGAUGCGAACCCCGUCAUUGACGACGGGGAGCACUGCGUCGACGAACUCCAGGCCGGUGACUAGUCUGGCCAUGAAGCCGCAAUUCAACCUCGACUCGGCGGCUAAACUGCUCGAAUCAUUUCGGUUUAUGCUGCCGCACUGCCCUUGUAUCGUGCUACCCCAAGAUGCCGACGUUCGAUCUAUGGCCCGCGAUAUGCCAUUCGUACUCCUAGCUAUCCUCGCCGUGACGAGUUGUUCCACUAGCUUACAAGGCCAUAGUCUCUAUGAUGAUGAGUUUCGUAAGAUUCUGGCUUUGAAAUUCGUUGCUGGAGGCGAAAGGUCUGUUGAGUUACUGCAGGGACUUAUUAUUUACUGUUCUUGGUAUCCUUUUCAUUUACGUCCAAAGAACAGACAGGCGGUUCAAUAUCUACGCAUGGCCGUUGACAUAGUUCACGACAUGGAGUUAGAUGAGGAGAAAGAUAUAAAUCUUGCUGUACAAUCGCCCGAGCGAAGAGAAAUGACACUUCAGAGCAUUCGGAUAUAUCUAUCGUGUUUUUAUCACGCGUCAUUAGCCUCUUGGACAUGGUCGAAGCCCUACAGUUUAAAAUAUACUCCGUGGAUGGCUAAGUGCUGCGAAUUACUUGAGCAACAUAGCGGCCUACAACAGGAUCAUGUCCUUAUCUGGAUUGUCCGUCUGCAACACAUUCUAAUCGAAUUCGAAGAAUUGAAUCGAAGUUAUAAGAAGCCCAGUAUCUCCGAAGAGAAUGAGAACCAGCGCACGUUCAUCCGCAUUGGUCUCGAGACACAGCUACGAGAUUUCCAGAGCAGGAUCCCUGGCCAUAUCUCGACUAUACCGAGUAUUUUGAUGUCAUCACUCACAACCGAUACCUAUAUCCUAGCAGCGCCGCUGAUGCAGACAUUCCACCCACGCCCGAAUGACCCUAAGACUCCCUUGAUUGACGCCCCUAGACUACAAGCUUCCACAUACACGACGCGGGCUUUCCUCGAAUACAUCAUGAGUCUUUCCGCCGAGCAAAUGAGAUAUUUCUGCACCGUCGACAUCGGACGCCUCAUCCUAACCAUCAUCCUCGCAUACCGGCUCUCCUUCCCGGUCCCUUCAUGUCCCGACUACGAUUACAUCCAAGGCCGGAAAGUACUGGAUUUCGGCGCUGUCCUAGCGAACCUAUCUAUUACCGACAACGACAGCGAAAACGACACCCCCGAUAGUAAAUCUAAGAAAGUCGACGUGGUAACCGCGUUCAAAGUCGUCCUAGGAUCCCUCAAAGCCAAGUUCGAGAGGAAGAGCGCGAACCUGGAGGCGGCAGAGGAGAGCCGCAGGGCGCGACAGUGUCCCAUGUUCGACGGGAGCCUGGAUCAGUAUAUACCCCUGUGGGAGGGCCACCAAGGCAACAUGGACUUCGCUGCCUCAUCGUACACGGCGUCGUCGCUUGACGGGGGCUCGGCGGCGGCGGCGAACCUGGCGGCUGGGGUGGGGCCCGUUGAAGGUCUUGGGAAGUCGACUGUGUUCCAUGAUUUAUGGGCGACGAUGACUAUGGGAUGGGCCACCGAUGAGGCUGGUGUGGGUUUAGAGCAGGGUGUUGAUUUGACUGGUCUAGGGGAUACAGGUGAGUAUGUUGAUAUUAUGGGUGUGGGAGACAUGCAGGGUUGAGAGGUUGGUGGUCACUCUGUAAUGUCUAUUGGGUAUAAUAAGGUACCUAUCCCUUUCGCCGCUUAAACCGCUUAAACUGUAAAUAUACUAUAAAUUGGUAAUUCAAUAGAGGGCAAGACAGCAGGUAGAUAUUUGUACCUACCUAGGUAUUUACCUGAG